UCACGGUGCAGCUACGCCUCCCGCCUGUCUGGGCAGCAGCGGCAGUAGUGUAGUAGUAAUCUGCGUGCCGCGCACUCGGCUCGCAUUUUGUGUCACCGUGCCACCAGAAGAGGGGCGACAGACUGCUGCGCGUCAAGGGGAUACCAGUCAUCAUCCACACGGUUCAAGCUACAUCCCGUUGGGGGCAAUGACAUUGGCAGCCUGACGUGGGAAUUAACGAGAAAACGCAAAAAUGACUGUGGACUUUGAAGAAUGUAUAAAAGAUUCGCCCCGAUUCAGGGCUGGAAUUGAUGAUGUGGAGACAGAUGUGGUAGAAAUUGAAGCGAAGCUCGAUAAGUUGGUGAAGCUAUGCAGCGGGAUGAUCGAGGCCGGCAGGGCCUAUGUCAGCGCUAACAAGCUCUUUGUUAACGGCAUCAGAGACCUGUCCCAGCAGUGCAAGAAAGAGGAGAUGAUAUCGGAAUGCCUUGAAAAGUGUGGCGAAAGCCUCCAAGAGAUGGUCAAUUACCACACGAUUUUGUUUGACCAGGCUCAGAGGUCCAUCAAACAGCAGCUUCACACCUUCAUUAAAGAGGAUAUACGGAAGUUCAAGGAUACCAAGAAGCAGUUUGAUCGAGUGCGUGAGGACAUGGAGCUGGCGCAGGUGAAGAACGCGCAGGCACCCAGGAACAAGGUGCAUGAGGCGGAGGAGGCGACGCAGGCUCUCAUCCUCAGCCGCAAAGCUUUUCGGCACCUGGCCCUGGACUAUGUGCUACAGAUUAAUGUGCUUCAAGCCAAGAAGAAGUUUGAAAUCCUGGAUGCAAUGCUGUCAUUCAUGCGAGCCCAGUAUACUUUGUUCCAACAAGGCUUUAACAUCUUGGAUGAGAUUGACCCCUAUAUGAAAAAACUGGCUGCACAGCUAGAUCAGCUGGUCAUUGACUCGGCUGUGGAGAAGAGGGAGCUGGAGCACAAACACGCCCUCAUCCAGCAGAGAACUCUGAUGCAGGAUUUUUCCUAUGAUGACCCUAAGCUGGAAUUCAAUGUGGAUGCACCCAAUGGUGUGGUUAUGGAGGGCUACCUCUUUAAGAGGGCCAGCAAUGCAUUCAAGACCUGGAAUAGGCGGUGGUUUUCUAUACAAAACAGCCAGCUGGUCUACCAAAAGAAACUCAAGGAUUCUUUGACAGUGGUUGUUGAGGAUUUGAGGUUGUGCUCAGUCAAACCAUGUGAAGAUAAUGAGAGGCGGUUCUGCUUUGAGGUGGUUUCACCCACUAAGAGCUGCAUGCUGCAGGCUGAGUCUGAGAAGCUGAGGCAGGCAUGGAUCCAGGCUGUCCAGGCAAGCAUCGCUUCUGCUUACAAGGACAUCACCGACAACUAUUACAUCGAGCGAUUGGACCGGACUGCCUCACCCUCCACCAGCAGCAUUGACUCUGCCAGUGAACCCAGAGAGAGAGGAGAGAGGGCUGAUAAGGGAGUUCGGGGAGGAGGAGAAAGCCUCCUCCAGCGGGUGCAGAGCCUGCCAGGCAAUGAGCUGUGCAGUGACUGUGGCCAAACGGCUCCCUGCUGGGCUUCUAUCAACCUGGGAGUGCUGCUCUGCAUUGAGUGCUCAGGGAUCCACAGGAGUUUAGGGGUCCAUUUCUCUAAAGUGCGUUCACUGACGUUAGACUCGUGGGAGCCAGAAUUACUUAAGCUGAUGUGUGAAUUGGGGAAUACUGUGAUCAACCAGAUUUAUGAGGGAUCCUGUGAAGAACUCGGAGCAAAAAAACCAGGCCCCUCCAGUUCAAGACAGGAGAAAGAGGCCUGGAUCAAAUCUAAAUACGUGGAGAAACGCUUCCUGAAGAAGAUGAGUGGCAGCGAAGCGCUCGUGCAAGGUGAAAGGAAGUCCCGCCCUUGGACAGUGAAGAAAUGCCAGCGACACAACAGCUCUGUUCGGGCACCCAACAAGGCUCGUAGGAAAUAUCACCGAUAUGAACCUGGCAGCGCCUCGCCGGCAAACCUCUCAGCAGCAGCUGCAGCAAAGUUUCGCCGGGACUCGCUGUUCUGUCCAGAUGAGUUGGACUCAUUAUUUUCCUACUUUGACACUGGCUCUGGUCCUCGCAGUCUCAGUAGCGACAGCGGCCUGGGAGGAAGUACUGACGGGAGCACAGACGUCCUGGCCUUUGGCUCAGUGGUGGACAGUGUAACAGAGGAAGAAGAGGAGUCAGAGGAGUCCUCCAGUGGUGAGGUGGAAAUUGAACAGGAAGUAUCCUCAGACCCUGAAGACCCAAGAGAACUCCACCCUGGCGCGCUCCUAUACCGAUCCUCCCGACUCCACAACUUGCCGCUCAUGGCGGAGGCUUUGGCACACGGUGCUGACGUACACGCCGCUUGCGAGGAAGAGGAGGGAAAAACGCCACUCAUUCAGGCUGUGAUAGGGGGCUCCUUGAUAGCUUGUGAGUUCUUGCUACAGAAUGGGGCCGAUGUGAACCAGAGGGACAUGAGAGGCAGAGGCCCACUGCACCAUGCAACCGACCUGGGGCACACUGGCCAGGUGUGUCUGUUCCUGAAAAGAGGAGCAUCACAAACAGAGGUGGACGAACAGGGCCAUGAUCCUUUAAGCAUCGCUGUGCAGGCUGCCAAUGCAGACAUCGUCACCCUGUUGCGUCUAGCUCGGAUGAAUGAAGAGAUGCGAGAGGCAGAGGCGGCUCCGCUGGGUCAACCAGGUCAAUACCCCACAAGCAGUCCCACUGAGCAGCAGUAUAGGAAGUGCAUCCAGGAAUUCAUCUGUCUCAACAUAGACGAAUGCUAGUGGUCACUUCUGUACCGUGGAGCAAAGCGUGUGCUCUAUUUAUAAAUCUUCCUCCUGACUGAGAAAAUAACAUAUUCAUGUAAAAGCUGCCCCUACACCCUGAUCACAAGUCUGUUACUUCCCCUAGAUCUAAGCCUGCAGGCAACUUCUGAUAAGCUGGGUGUCUGAAUACAGAGUGACUAUUGGAUGCUUCGAGUCAUAGGGAGCAUCCCCGUGAUGGACCUUUCUAACUCUACUGACUAUCCAGUCACCUUCACCAUCUUCCUGCUUCGCCACUAUGUUUCUGCUUGCCAUUACUUGGCACUACCAAUCCUAGCUACACAACACAGCCAGUAAAAUGACAUCAGCUUUCUUGGUGUUUUGCUAACAGGGUUAUGCUCUAACUUCAUUACAUGGUGUGACCUCCUGUAUGAGGGUGUGGGUGUUUUUAUUUUUGUUGCCUAACAGCUCUUACCUCAGAAGAAUCUCGCUGCAUUAAUCCUGUACACUUUAUAUCUAUCCAGACCAUCUGUGUGACAUCCAAUGUACCCAUCUCUCCUUCAUCAGAGAUGUAAAUAUGCAUAUUUAGAAGUUUAGAAACUGUGUACUGUGGCAUGAGGUAAAACAAUAUGGUAUUUGUUCCAGUAACUUAAAAGAAAAAGAGUAACUGACAAGCUGCAGUAGAGGUGGGCAGGAUAGUUUUACUGUGUAUAAAAAGGGGGGUCGGGAAGGAAGAAGUGAAACUGUGACAAAAAUGUUGAAGGGCUUGUGGGGAAGAGACCCUCGCCUGCUUUGUAAGAUACUUUGUGUCGUCAUGAGUGAGUGAGUGAACAGGAGAGUGCAUGUGUUAAAGAAUACUGAGAGACAGUUAAAUAAUAUGUAAAGGGAAAAAAAAGACUGCACUUUUCCCAUAUACAGAAUUAUCAUUUAGCUUUUACAUUGUUCUUGUCUAGUCAAGUUGUUGUCGAUUUAUUGUCUAUUUUAAUGAUGUCUUUUUUAUUUAUCUUUCCAGAGGACCAGUGCAAUGCAUUAUUGAAUGCAGUUUUAUAUCAGCAUUUCUGUUAAUGAUUGUCAUUUCAAUCUAAAAUCCUUAUUCAGAAUUUAUGAUGGAGGUCUUUAGAUAUAUUUUACAUUAACAGCAGUCAGAAAACUUUCAAAUGGCCUUAGAUUACAGAGUACUUUUGUCUUGGCAGUAAAACGUGCCACUUCUCAUUAGGUUAUGCAAACACAUCGAUGGAACUUCUGAUUUCUCUGAGGAAAUUCUGAAUUGACAGUGACUCAUUAUUUGAGCAAUAACUGCCAAUAGUUCAGAGCAGUGAGAACAUGCCGAAAUGUAAAAUUGCAUCAUGUUAUUCACUUCCAUUUAUAGAACAUAAAACUAAAAAGCUCUUCAGCUUCCUGGCAAUGGUAAUAUUACAGGAAAGUAUUCGUGUUAUGUUGAAAUUAUGGAGUAUAUUUAAUCUUUUAAAAACUCGUGUCGUGACAGACUAGCAUAUCUACGUCAAUGCUAAGAAUAUCCUCUGUAUGCUUUGCUAGAUUUUUGGGAAGUUUGACCUUUGCAUCUUGAGCAUGAUGAAUAUUUUUUCUAUAAUUUGAUCACUUUGUGCAGUGCAGUCCUGUCAAAAAAAGCAUGUACCGAUAUGACCUCUCUGGUGUCAGAAGUUUCUUCCUUUUUCCACCUCUGUGCCAUUGUUUCAUCCACACACGAAUCUGUGGUGACUUUUCUUCUUUUCUUUUCAUUCCUUUCAUUUUUUUUUAUACUGUGCUUUUAUUUUCCUCUGCCAAAGACUUUUUUUUUUUUAAAGGGAAAGUGUCUGACACUGUUGUAUAACAUCAUGUUAAAAAAAGGAAAAAAAAGAAGAAUUGUUUUGGGUAUAUACAGGAUACUCUUACCAUCCUUUCUGAGUUGUGAGAGUGGUAGAAACACUGUUGGUGCUCACAUGUUCAGAAGAUGUGACUUACCUGAUAGAUGCAAUAGUUCAAUGUACUGCAAGUAGAACCAGUCUCGGGGGGUGAUGUGAAGCUACUGUGACCAAACUGUUAAGAGCUGUCGCCCUCGCGGAAGUAUUAAAUGUUGUGUCCAUUUGUGUGUAGUAUUGGCUUAAGAGUGGUUAAAGGCGCAAACAUGCUGUAUAUAGUACACUUGCAUAUUUUAACUUAAUGCUAACUUCCUGCCUCUCAGCAUUCGGUCACAGAUUCUGUUUAAUGUUUGUUUUUUCAUUGUCUUUGAAAAACAGCCGGUCGGGUAGAACUGUGACACGGUUCUGAAUUACUUGCGGGGGUUCUUCUGUUUACUGGCAUUUGGAUAUCUUUGGAAUACUCCCUUCCAUGUCUUUAGAAGCACUAAGGGGAAAAACAAAAUACAUACAAUAAAACUGAGAAACUGAAAUGGAUCUGUUAACCCAGCUGCCUGCUUCUUAUUCUCAUUGCUGUUCCCUCUCUCAUCUUUUCUGUCUAACAUUCUCCCAGCAUUCUUUUUCCAGAUGAUAGCUGCUCUAAUUAUUGAAUAAUAAUAAAUACGGCAGUGGUUGUAAUCCAUAGAUAUAGCCAGAUGCUGGGAGAGUGCUAUUUUACAGAAUACUCUGGUGUGUCUUUGGUGAUUCACAAACUUUUGGUAGCACUUGGCUUAUUCAAAGCAAUAAACCAAUUAGUCUCAUGUUGUGAAAUAUCACUGAGGUGUACACAGACUCUACUAUUUAAGAAUAACUUAAGCAUUCAGAGUCUUAUGGGUAUUAAAACAGUGCUUCAUCUGCUUGCCCGC